AUGGAGUCGCCCAACAGCGCGCGCGGAAGAGGGCGCUUCUCCUCUCGCAAGCGCCAUACUUUUCCAGCUCGCUCAUCGUCGCAGCGGCGUUCAGAACCUUCUGACACGCCUGCGUCGACUACCCCAGCUGCCACAAUGGCUCCUGCCUCAUCUUCCUUCAGCUUUGAGACACCGAGUCCCUCCAGUGCCAGAGGCACAAGGACGAGAACCCGUCAUGUCGAUGGCCUCAACUUAUCUCCCGAUGAAGCGGGUAGUAAAGGCGGCCGCUCGCUGAGGAAGCGUACUCGGGUUGACUACUCGUUUGACCAGGCCGACGAGGAGGACAACAGCAUCGAGGCAAAAGCUACACCCUCAGCCGUACGCUCCAUCAAGAAGCGGAGAACUGAUCUUGACUUCCUGGACGAUGAAAUCGAACAAGACAUUGAGUCCCGGGUGAAGCGCCGCAAUUCGGAGCAACCGCCCAAGCCUGUAUCGCGUCGGUCUGUCGGUAGGAAAACUACCAUGGAGCCCGUGUCUUUCAUCGAAGAGCAAUCGGAGGAGAACAGCUUGGUCCAUGACACUAUUGAGGUCGGUGGCCAUCAGUCUACCCAGGCAUCUGAAAACUCUUCGCACAGGCGCACAAGUUCCGCCUCUUCUCAUAGGGAAUCGGCUCUAUUCACCCAGCUACCUCAGCAUAACACAAGCCACGAACCAGCUGCACCUGAUACUUUCUCCGACAAGAUGGAGAUUGAUGAGGAGCCAGAACCCAAGAUUAAACACGAGAUUCCCAAAGAGCCAGAAGUUCCUGACAUUGCAGCUCCAAACCCUUAUGUUCCUGAAGUUGAGGUGUCUGGGAAUGAGCUUCCUGAUAUUGAGCUUCCUGAGAAUGGGAUGUCAGAGACUGGAGGUCCAGAGAAUGGGGUUAUAGAGCACGACCUUCCCGAGUAUGAGGUCCCCGAGGAUGAGGUUCCCGAGGAUAAGGUUCCCGAGGAUGAGGUUCCCGAGCAUGAUGUUCCUGACAAUGAGGUUCCUGACAAUGAGGUUCAUGAUGACGUGGUUCCCAAAAUUGAGGUUGAGGCCACCAAAACUAAGGUUGAGGAACCACAGCCUACAGUUACACCGCAGCCUGUGAUCGAAGAGGCACCUGAGGAAAAGUCUCCCGCUUCAUCACCAGCUCCGGCCUCGGCCCCUGUCACAGCUCCGGCUCCUGCUCUAGUCGAUGAAGACAUCAAAGAUCCUUUCCUGCGUCUCACUCCUUAUGUCAGAGGGGCUACCGUGGGCUACCCAACCCGUCGGUCCAAAACGUCGGCGCCUGAAGCAGAACCAGAGGCGGUCGCAGAGGAAGCUGCAGCUGAUGAUGCAGCAGAAGAUGCCACGGAAGCUCCUGACGAAAGCACUCCUGCUGCCUCCCCAGGUGCGAUUGAUGAUUUGGGUACAAACUCGCCGGCACCUGAGCCUGCAGCUCUGGAUCGUCCCGCACCUGUUGCUAAGAAACAGUACAUGUACAAGAAGCUGAGGCCAGCUGAAGAGUUCAUCAACUUCAUUGCGGACUAUGAGACGUUGUCACACAUAGAGCUGUAUGAACGCCUGGAGCUACUCGCAGGUGUCGUUGCUACGUACGAAAAUGAGUACCGCGAAUGCCGAAAGAUCAUAGACGACGAAGAGAAUGCGACACGGUACCACCAGGAAGAAGGAAUGUUCCAGCACCGAGUCAAAAUGGCCCGAAGCAAGGACCCUGAUGCCAACCCUCUUAGAAAGGAGUUUGUAGUAAAGGGUAUCAGAGCAACAAAGCCUGACGCAAUGAUUGCACAUGCCAGACAGCAAGAUCGUAUCAUGGCCGAUGCCUACGGCUUUGAGUAUGAUGAUCGAGACUCCAAGAUCGGUCAGCAAGAUCCGAUUGGCCAACGAGGAGGUGUUGGCAAAGGACGCCUUCGCGACCGCCCUAAACAGACGGCAAAGGCCGCCGAGGCUGAUGACCCUACUGUUGUCCACGGAAAGCGAGCACGAAAGGCGCCCAACAGCUUUGUGGAACCCGAGACGGCUAGCAGAGGGUCGACACCCGUGCCCACGCUCCCUCGCAAACGUCGUGGUCGCCCCCCUGCGGAUGAGAGCCUUCACGCGGCCUAUGCUGAGCAUCCUGCGGGCGAGACGCCCAAGAAGAAAGGCAAAGGCGGCCGGCCUAGAAAGCACCCUUUGCCUACAGCAAUCCCCGAGAACACUCCUGUCUCUGGCACGGGGGCUCAUGGCCAUGUGCGCAAGCGGAGGAGAAAGGCAGCUGUCGAAGACGAGGACUUUGUCGUCAACGGUACGAAUGGUCAGCCAUCGGGCCUCGGCCCUAGGCGACGAAACUCACGCAUCGGCGAGAUACCUUCUGGCUCCUUCUAUAGUGCCACUUCAGCAAAUUACGACGAGUCGCGACCUGCUACCUCGUCGUCUACCGCUACUGCAUCAACCUCGGCCUCUGCCUACGGGCUUCGCGAGAAGAGACAGACCAAGUUCUCUCUUGAUGACGACGACGAUGACGAUGAUGAGGACUUUGAGGAAGAUGAUCAUCCAGUCAAGCCCAAGAGAAUCCGUCGUGUGUCCAAGAAGGUCCAGGAGCAAGAUUUUGCCAACAUCACACCCAGCAAUAUCCCACCCGAGGCAGAUGUCGCUGCUGGUCCGAAGGUCCCCAAGAUAAGAAUCAAGGGCUUCCAGGCUCAUGCAGCAUCAGCUCCCGUCUCCGCCCCUACCAGUGAUCCGGGAAGUCUCCCCGUCAGCAGCAGCUCCACCCCUGGACAGACUGUGAACGGACAUGCCGCCGACGCUUCUUUUGAUGGGUCGAUGAACGGAAACAAGGAUUAUGGUCAGAUGACCAAGUCGGAGAAGAUGUCUGCUUCCAUGAAAGCACGCUGGGCCUCCGGCUCCAUGUCUAGGGCUGUCGAGAAAAGGCGAGCUACACUUGCCGCGAAGAAGGCAGCCGCACAGACGCCAGUCCCCGACGGCACACCGGAAACCGGGACUGAGCAGCAGUAG